AGUUACAAUGUCACGAUCGCAAUCACCUCUGAUUGGUUAACGUUCGCUCAUACAUUCGCUACAAUGCAUUGUCGCAACAAGAAUACCUGAAAUUCAGCCAAUCACAACAAUUGUGAUUAUAACAAUGAUUGGUGCAGGAUUUCCGGAAUCGACCUGCAGAACACCAGGUCCAUGGACACGGCGAGGCAGCUGCGUGCGAAAAUUGGCAUUAUGGGCAAUAUCGCACUGAUUUUUUACUCACGAAUAUUUAAACACGAUUUGAAUAAUUUAUAGUAAGUACCUUUGAAUUUUCUUUAUAAUGUCGUUUAGUAAUUACUGAUCAGUUGAAGACAUCAUUGCAACAAUGUCAUCCAUAGGGGUUGUGGACUUCUAUGCUGACAAGACAAUAUUUAUAACUGGCGCCAGUGGCUUCAUAGGCAAGAUCUUGAUUGAGAAGUUGUUGAGAUGCUGUCCAGAUAUCAAGGUCAUUUACCUGCUGUUGAGGAAGAAGAAGGAGCAGAGCCCGCGGGAACGACUAAACGAGAUCAUUAAUACCAGGUGUUUCGAAAAAAUCAGUGAUCGUAGCGUGUUCUCCAAACUCUGCGUGAUACCUGGCGACAUUCUGGAAGAAGAUCUUGGAAUAUCUGCUCAGGAUAGAAGUAUAUUGCAGAAGGAGGUCCAAAUCGUUUUCCACAGUGCUGCUUCAGUCAGAUUCGAUAUGAACCUUCGAGAUGCAGUCACUUCAAAUGUUAUUGGAACCAAACGUGUGCUAGAGUUAGCUGAAGAGAUCGAAAAUCUAGAAGUAUUUGUUGACAUAUCAACGUCCUUUUGCCACGACGAGCUGAAGGUGGUAGAAGAGAAGGUGUACCCUUCCCUGCACAGGCCUCAGGACAUCAUGGAUUGUGUAAGAUGGAUGAGUGAUGAAAUGCUAAUGAAAAUACAGCCUGAAUUGAUCAGGCCAUACGUGAACACAUAUGGAUAUUCUAAGAACCUCACCGAGGAUGUAGUUUCCCAGUACAGGGGAAAGUUCCCGAUUGCUAUCGCGAGGCCUUCUAUGGUUGUAGCGACAUAUAAGGAGCCAAUGCCAGGAUGGGUAGACAACAUAAAUGGGCCAACAGGAGUUCUCUACGCAGGGGCUAGUGGUAUUCUGCAUACUUCAUAUUGCAAGGAAGAUACUUCAAUGGACAUGGUGCCCGUCGAUGUGGUAGUAAACGGAUGCAUAUUACUGGCUUACAUCACUGGAAUGGAACGGCCAAAGGACAUAAAAGUCUGCCACAUUACGGAUUCCGGUACCACUAAAAUUACUUGGUACGAAGUCACGGAUCAAUUAAAAGAAUAUGUAUUGCAAUACCCGCCAUCGCGUGUUCUCUACUAUCCGGCGGGCUCAGCGAAGAAGGUUCGCUACCAGCACAAAAUAGCCGAGUUCUUAUUCCACAUAGUGCCGGCGUACUUCGUCGAUUUACUUCUAUUUUUGUUGGGACAGAAGACUUUUAUGGUAAGAAUAGAGAAACGUCUUCGUAAGGGGACGGAACUACUGCAAUACUAUACUUCAAGAACAUGGGUAUUCAAAAAUGACUACUUCCAAUCUUUGAAAAAUCAAAUAAAUGAAAAGGAAAAUGAAAUCUUCUAUACGGAUUUGUCGAAAAUUGAUAACGCCGAGUACCUGAAAAACUACCACCUCGGUGUUCGGAAGUUUAUCGCAAAGGAGGACUUGUCCACGCUACCGCAAGCCAGGCGCCACAUGAAACGGCUCUACUAUCUUCAUAUGACACUGAAAACACUGUUUUACGUUUUACUGGCAUACGCAUGUUGCUUAUUAAUCAAAUAUUUUUUCUGAUAAUAAAAUAAAUUCAUUUAGACUCCUACCUA